AUGUUAUCGUCCAAAGCCGAAGCCGGCUCCUCUGUCAGCCCGGGCUCAGUCGGAUCAUCAAGAAAACGAAGUCGCCUAGAUGAACUUAUUGAUGUUCUUGGAGUCAGUGUGCAUUCCACCAAGUCAUCAGUGCAUCUGACCUCUCAUCUAAGCAACAGAGCUGAGGCAGAGCACUUAAGUGUUAGGUCAGGAAGCAGCUCUGGAACUGGAACUGGAACUGGCGCAUCCGAGAAAUUUAAAUCUUCCAACAACUCAGCAGCAACACGACAAUUACGACUCCAGCCGCUGAGACGACCUCAACCAUUUAACGCUAUGUCCGAGCCGUUGACCACGUCGAUGACGGCGGCUGUACCUCUGGCAAUCGGCGGAUGUCGUCAAUGUAGACGAACCUUUGCGGCUCGUCUCGAAUUCAUCCAUCAUAUGGUGGAUCAUUUUCCGGCCCUUUUCUACAGUUUUGAGCCGAUGUCACUGAAAUUCGACCAAUGCAGCUCUCCACCAGCAUUCCAGAACUCAUCACUAGAUUUCAAUCGGAAUGAGCUGAUAAAAUCCGUGCCCAUGUCGCUUUCCACAGCAAUUCUUCCGCUGGCUCCGCUGUCUCCGAAAACAACAGCGAGUAUUGGUAUUAGUCGGUAA